CUGGAGUAUUAGGAGCAGUUGAAGAGAGGAGAGGAAAACGAAGUUGACCAUAACGAAAUGAUCUGAUCGAUCGAAGAAGAACGAAUUCGCCAAGACACGAAGCUUCUCUAAUGGCGGUUUGAGAGGGAAAAUUCCGAGGAAGUAAGAAGAAAUCGCGAGGAAGAAAAAUGGAGGGUUGGCGAAACGCCGUUCGCGAGGCCACGAAUUCGAAGCCUCUGUUCGUGACGAUCUACGGAACGGUGAUCGUCGGCGUUAUCGUCUCUUCCUUCUUCGUCUUCUCCGCCAUUUACUCUCCCUCCAAUGGCUCCUCCUCCUGGCUCUCCUCACCUCCUCUCUCCAGUGUUGGCCGAUUUCCCAUUCAAUCACCAUCUAAUGCCACGUCCGAUUUACCUGUUUCACCACCAUCACAGUCUCAAGGCAAAUCCCUGAAUCCGAUCUGGGUGCCUCCUCAGGAAAAGAAAAUGCCGCCUCUUGAGACCUUUAGAUUGACGAAAGAAUUGGUCGGAGAGAGAGUGAAGGACAAUGUUGUUAUAGUGACCUUUGGGAACUUUGCUUUUAUGGAUUUCAUCUUGACUUGGGUUAAACACUUGACUGAUCUAGGGCUCUCCAAUAUUCUUGUUGGUGCCAUGGACACGAAACUGUUAGAGGCUUUGUAUUGGAAGGGUAUUCCUGUUUUUGACAUGGGAAGUCAUAUGAGCACAGUUGAUGUUGGAUGGGGUUCCCCUACAUUUCACAAAAUGGGAAGAGAGAAAGUUAUUCUCAUUGAUGCUGUCCUACCUUAUGGUUACGAGCUAUUAAUGUGUGACACUGACAUGGUGUGGCUAAAGGACCCUCUGCCUUAUCUUGCUCGGUACCCCGAUGCAGAUGUUUUGACAUCGAGCGAUCAAGUUGUACCUACAGUUGUCGAUGACAGUUUGGAUAAUUGGCCGCAAGUUGGUGCUGCCUACAACAUCGGGAUAUUCCAUUGGCGGCCAACAGAUUCUGCAAAGAAGUUGGCAAAAGAAUGGAAAGACAUGCUUCUAGCCGAUGAUAAGGUUUGGGAUCAAAACGGAUUUAAUGAGAUUGUCCGGAAACAGUUAGGUCCGUCUGUUGAUGGGGAUAGCGAGCUUUUCUAUGCAUACGAUGGAAAUCUCAAGGUUGGACUUUUGCCCGCUAGCAUAUUUUGUAGUGGCCACACAUAUUUUGUUCAGGCUAUGUAUCAACAGCUCCGACUGGAACCGUAUGCCGUCCAUACGACAUUCCAAUAUGCAGGCACUGAAGGGAAACGUCACAGGCUUCGGGAAGCCAUGGUUUUCUAUGACCCGCCAGAGUAUUAUGAUGCACCAGGAGGUUUCUUGUCAUUCAAGCCAUCUAUUCCGAAGAGCUUGUUAUUAGAUGGGCCGCACACCAUUGACUCGCAUUUUGCCCUUGUGAACCACCAAAUGAAACAGAUUAGAUCAGCUCUCGCCAUUGCUUCUCUGUUAAACCGUACACUGGUCAUGCCCCCAAUAUGGUGCAGGUUGGAUAGGAUGUGGUUUGGACAUCCUGGUAUUCUUGCAGGGUCUUUAACUCGACAACCUUUCAUUUGUCCUCUUGAUCACGUAUUUGAGGUUAAUAUCAUGUUGAAAGAGCUACCAGAGGAGGAGUUCGGCCCUGGGAUCGGUAUUAGAGAAUAUUCCUUCCUGGAAAAUCCAUUACUGCCAAAACACGUAAAAGAAUCAUGGCUUGAUGUUAAGCUUUGCCAGGAAGGAUCCGAAGGAUGUGAAGCUUCGAAUAACACGAGUCCGUCUGGUGUUCUCAAGUUUCCAAAACGAAGCAGCGAAGAAAGAUUCAAGGCGAUAUUCUCCUCCUUCAAGGAUGUCAAAGUGAUCAAGUUUUCAUCGAUUCAAGACGCUUUCACUGGAUUCUCCAACAAGGAGCGAGAGGAGAAGUUCAGAAAACGGGUGAAGACAUAUGUCGGGAUAUGGUGUUGCGUGGAGAACAAGACACCAGGGCACAUUUACUACGACAUGUAUUGGGACGAGAAGCCUGGCUGGAAACCAGUCCCACCUCAAACCCCGGAAGAAGAUCACCCACCUCUCUGAUGCCGUGAGUCGCAAGAAAACACCUCGUCUGAUCUGAUGAAAAGGAAAUCUUAAUAUGAGAUUAGGGUUUUGGUUACUUGAGGACCACGAAACUAUUGUGAAGUGCCCUCCUUUGUCUUAAUGUAACAGAUCUUCCUUUCUUUUUAUAAUUUUGUUCCAUGAAUUUUGAGUUUUUAUGUUGAAAUUACCCAUUUAUAGACUCA